AUUCCAGAUUUCCAGUACAAAUCUUAGAUCUCUGAUCUCUGAGAUCUCAGAUUUCCAGUACAGAUCUUAGAUCUCUCAUCUCUGAAAUCUCAGAUCUGCAGUACAAAUCUCAGAUCUCUGGUCUCUGAGAUUCCAGUUCUCCAGUACAGAUCUUAGAUCUCUGGUCUCUGAGAUCUCAUAUCUCCAGUACAGAUCUUAGAUCUCUCAUCUCUGAGAUCUCAGAUCACCAUUACAGAUCUUAGAUCUUUCAUCUCUGAAAUCUCAGAUCUCCAUUACAAAUUUUAGAUCUCUGAGAUUCCAGAUCUCCAGUACAGAACCCAGCAUAUUUCAGGACCCACACAUCUCCAGCGCAGCUCUCAGAUCUACAGAUUCCAGAUUUCAGUUCCAAGGUCUCGAGUCCGGAUCCACAGGCUCCCAGGGCAUCUCCUGGAUGUGUAGGGGGACAAUCGCAACAACCACAACAACAACAACAACCACCACAACAACAACCACCACCACCACUGCCAGCACCCAGGAGAUGUGACCAUGCCACCAAUCACGCCGCUGCUGAUGCUGAUGAUGACGACGACUCUGCUGCCCACCUGGAUUCUUCUGCUGCCCAUGGGGCUGCCCUGCCUCUCCUCUGCCCUCACCUCCUCCUCCUCUUCCUCCUCAUCGCCCUCCACCUCCUCCGUGUGCCCGGCGCCCUGCACCUGCGUGCCGCUGCACGGGGAGGUUCACUGCGCAUUUCGCUACCUCCGCGGCCUGCCCCAGGACCUGCCACCGACGGCGAGGCGCGUCAACCUCGGCUACAACAGCCUUCGCGAGGUGAACGCUUCCCGCCUCGCGACGACGCCGCACCUGCAGAUGCUGCUCCUGCACGGCAACCAAAUCCGCGCCCUGCCGGAGGAGGGCUUCCCUGCUCUGUCCGCCCUGCAGGUGCUGAAGCUCAGCUACAACGAGCUGACGGCCGUAGGCCCGAGAGCCUUCGCUCGCCUGCCCUCCCUCUCCCGCCUCCACCUGGACCACAACCGGCUGGAGCGCCUUGCUCCCGGCGCCAUGGCGGGCCUCCUGGCGCUGCGCUACCUCCACCUGCAGGGGAACCGCCUGAGCUACCUCAGGCCCUCGUCCGUGGCUUCCGGCCUGGCGCUGGGCCUUUUCCCCGCGUCACCGCUGCGUGUCCUGCACCUGGCCGACAACCGGCUGUCGUCGCUGCCGCGGGCGACGCUGGCCGCGUUUGGGGCCGUGCGGAGCGCCUCGCUGCACUCAAACCCCUGGGCGUGCGACUGCCGCCUGCGGCCCCUGUGGGCCUGGGUUCGAUCCCAAGACGUCGCCCUGCAGUGCAAACGCGAGCGAGGCCAGGAGCCAGAUGCUCCUCCACUCUGCCCCAAGUGUGCCUCCCCGGGAAGCCUCCUCGACCAGGACUCCUUCUCCCUCCCAAGCGGUGCCCUCGUGUGCACGCGGCCGCGCAUCCUCCGUGGCCCGGGGGGGCCCGCCGAGGCCUCCCCGGGGGGCGGCCAAGGGGAGGCGGAGGACGGCCCAGAGGAGAUCCACGAGGACGAGACGGACGCUCGCCUGGAGCGCCUCGAACCGACACGGCCCCUCGGCUCGGUCUCCUUCACUCUGACGCCGCCAGCGACCCCCACCGCCGGCGUGGCCUUGGCGUGCCGGGCGUCUGCCCCGGCAGUGCCGGUGACGGUCGCGAUGGCGGUAGCCGGGCCCGAGGGCCGGGAGGCCGCGGAGGGAGGAGGCGCCCUCCUCUUGAACGCAACGCUCCGGUCCGAGAUGCUUUGCUCCGCUCGGCCGGGAACUUCGGCGAGGCUUGCGCGGAUCUUGGUGACAGAGUCCGGCGAGAGCCAGAGUCUGGUGCUGGUGAAGGCGCCGGGUGCCACCACGGACCGAAGCCUCUACUGGGGCCAGCGGGGCCUGCGUGUGGCUGCCAGUGCCCGCCCGGCGUGGCUCCUGGCAGAUGUCCUGCACGUGGAGUUCCACCUGGACCGUGCCGAGGGCGGUGGCGGCGGCGGCAGCGGUGCCAUGGUGGCAGCGACGCUGCGAGUCAACGUGUCCAUUCGGCGUGAAGAAGACGCUGACGAUGACGAGGUGUGGAGGAGCAACGGUGUGUGGAGUGGCGACCACGUGGAGGUGGAGUGGACAACCAUCGCACGGCGCCACUCACACGACAACAACGACGGCGACGGUGCUGGUGAUCAAGUUGGCGGUGGUGGUGGUGGUCGUGGUGACGAUGGAGAUCGCGUCAGUGGUGGUGGCCACUCGGUGGCCGUGGAAGGCUCCAACAUCGGGUUGCACUGCUCCAGCCUUGGCCGCGGCUCCCCCAUGUCCUGGAUUCUGCCCGACGGCUCCCGUGUCCGCGUACCCACGGCGGGGGCCGCCACCAUCGCCGCCACUGCCGCCCGCACGCGGGUCCGCUCUGACGGAACCUUCUCGAUUGGCCGGGCCCAGCCGUCCGACUCGGGCCUGUACACGUGCGUGGUCGGGGGCGGGCCGUUCGGUGCGAACGCCGCCCACGCGCGCCUCGCCGUCAUGUCAAAGCGGUGGCCGCCCCGAGGCACGGCCCGCGGUGGCUCCACGCCGCCGCCGCUCUACGUCCCCACCGGACGCGCGGCCUCCCUGGCGUGCGAGGCCCACGGCGUCCCCGUGCCUGCUGUCGCCUGGCUGCUACCCGACGGGACGCUCGCUUCGAAUCAGAGCGGCGGCCGUGCCGGCGUCGAAGUGGCGGCGGGGCCGGCGGGCCGCUCCACGUUGAACGUGGCCAGCGUGGGGCCCGGCGACGCCGGCGUCUACCGCUGCGUCGCCGUCAACGCGUACGGGGCCGACGUCCUGGCGGUGGAAGUGGCGCUGCCCGCGGCGAGCCCGAGCGGGGAAGGCGACGGAUCUGGGAGUGACGUCGACGGAGAAAAGAAUUUGGAGCAGGAGGAGGAUGAGGAGGAGCAGGAGGAGGUGUCCAUGAUGGCCCGGCGUGGCCAGGUAGCCGUGAAACACCGGGACGGGCGGCGCUGGGCGGAGGCUUGGGCCGCGCUGUUGCAGCGGCACAGGUCGGCGGGCGACAGUCGCAAAGGAGCCCGACAGGUUGGAGGAGGAGGGGGAAGAGGAGGAGAGGUAAGAGGAGGAGGGGUAGGAGGAGGAGGGAAGGAGGAGGAACGUGGUAGUACGGCGACAACUUCGCCCGCAAAGGAGGCAUCGGAGGCCCCCUUGGACAGGGUGUCGUGGAGAGCUAGAGGGCCUGGCGGGUGGCGCCAUGGCGGGAUGGCGGAGUGGACACGUGCGCACGCAAAUGCCCAGCGGCGGCAGCAGCAGAAGAAGCACGAUGAGCAUCGGAAUAAGAAGCAGGAGACACAACAACCACAUGAGAAGCGGCAACAGGAGCAGCAAAAGCAGCAGCAGCAGCGGCGGCAGAAGCAAACAGAGGAGCGGGAGAAGCAGGAUAAGCAGCAGCAACAGAUGACAACCUCAGCUUACAAGGUCACGACCUCUACAUCUGUAGUCACCACGCCAAGGCUGGGGGUGCUGGAACUGCUGGAGCUGCCGCUGCUGUGA